AGAUUAGUCAUAAAGUGAAAGUGAGUUGAUAAAAGACGUCCACUCAUUUUACUUUUAAAGAAAAAAACUUUACUUUUGUUCUACCUACCUUUCUUAUUUGCAUUCUCAUUCUAUUGAUGAUUAAUGUUUCUUUAUAAUUUUAUUUAAAUUUAAUUGAACUAUUACUAUUAAAAGUCUAAAAGGGCAAUGAUUUGCAUUUGUUUUUAUAUUUAAGAACUGCUUCUUGCAAUUGUUUUCCCAGCAAGACUUUUGUAGUCAUAUCUUGCAAUACAAAUUACAGAUUUUACAGAAUUUUCUGAGCUCACUCACUAUUAUGGCUUGGUCUGCUGUGGCAUCUGCAGUGACAACAAUUGGCAAUCUGCUAACUCAGGAAGCCAUAUACCUGUGGGACGUAGAGGAGCAAGUAGAUCGUUUGCAGACAGAGCUCAAAUGGAUGCAAAGCUCCUUAAUGGAGGCAGAACCGCAACAGUCAAAGGAUGAGAGGAUUCGUCUUUGGGUUGCUGAAAUCAGAGAACUUGCUUAUGAUGCUGAGGAUGUUGUCGAGGAAUUUGCUCUCAAGAUUGGGUUCAAAAACAAAGGUGGUCUUCUGGGUUGUAUUAAAAAAUCCACCUGCCUAGUGAGGAAAGGAUGGGGGCUUCACGAAACCAAGUCAAAGAUCGAGAAAAUCAUAGCAAGAAUUAUCGACUUGGUCCGACGACUACAAGCCUACGGCGUAAGGGAAUUAAAAGAUGGAAGAGAAGGAUCAAGUUCUUCAACUGAAAUGCGAGAAUCAAGGCGGCCUUAUCCUCAUAUUAUGGAUGAUAAUAUUGUUGAACUGGUUGAUGAUACCAAUGAAUUGGUCUCAGUUCUUAAGGAUGAGAGAAGUGAAAGCAGCAGGGUUGUUUCAAUAUGUGGCAUGGGUGGUCUGGGAAAGACCACUUUUGCCAAGAAAUUAUAUCACCAUCAUGAGGUUAUUGAUUAUUUCGAUCACUUGGCUUUCGUAUAUGUUUCUCAACAAUGCCUGAAAAGAAAAGUUUGGGAAGACAUUCUAUCUGAGUUCAAAACUUUAAAUGAAGAUGUCAGAAAGAAAAGAGAUGAAGAAUUAGCAGAGAUGUUGUUUAACAUUUUGAAAGCUAAAAAAUGUCUGGUGAUACUUGAUGAUAUUUGGACCAUUGAAGCUUGGGAUAAUCUAAAACCUGCUUUUCCAGUUGCAAGAGACAAUCAUUGCAAUAGCAAGAUAUUACUCACUUCUCGAAACACAGCGAUAGUUUCAUAUGCCGACACAAGAGGUUAUCUACUUGAAUUGAGAUGCCUAAACAAUGAACAAAGUUGGAAAUUGUUUCAAAAGAUUGCAUUUCCUCAAACAGAUUUUCCAGGAAAUAUAAUCGAUGGGAAAAUGAAAGAGUUAGGAGAGAACAUGGUUAAACAUUGUGCAGGGCUGCCAUUAGCCAUUGUUGUAUUGGGAGGAAUUUUGGCUACAAAGAAUAAUUCAUUAAACGAAUGGCAAAAGAUAUCUGAUAAUGUAAAAUCAUACUUGAAGAGAGGCAAAAAUCAAGGACCAGAGGAUGUGUUAGCAUUAAGUUUUGAUGAUUUGCCUCCCUAUCUAAGACCAUGUUUCCUCUAUCUAAGCCAUUUUCCGGAGGAUUAUAUGAUAGAUGUGGAUAGAUUGAUUCAAUUAUGGGUUGCUGAAGGUAUUGUGUCAUCAAAGCAAGAAGAAAGAGACGAUGGGGAAAUUGCGGAAGAUGUGGCGGAAUCUUAUUUAAUGGAGCUUGUGGAAAGGUGCAUGAUUCAAGUACGAGAAACAGAUGUGACAACCUUAAAGGUCAAAAAGAUUCAGAUGCAUGAUCUGAUGAGAGAUCUUUGCUUAUCAAAGGCAAAACAAGAAAAUUUUGUCUUCAUUGUUGAUCGAUCAAAUGCAUCUUCAUUAUCUAUGAUUCGGAAGGUUCGUAGGGUUUCUGUGCAUGAGUUUUUUUUCAUUCAAUGCGUUAAAAGUCCAAAUAUUCGGUCACUUUUGUUCUUCAAUCAGUUCUUUUCGGAGAAGGUAUUAGAAAAAUCUUUGCCCUUGGAAUUGUUGAAUUACGUUGAAAAACAUGAAGAUGAAGUUUGGAAUCCACUGUAUUGGAUUCUUGCGACUCCGGUAGGUUGUAGCAGACUUCUUAAAACUUGGGGAAUUUGGAGAUACAUGUUCAACAACUUCAAAUUGCUAAGAGUCCUAAACUAUGAGGAAGGAAUAAGACAAAAUUUUGCAGGGUGGAAGUUACCUAGUGAUAUAGGUAAUCUCAUCCAUUUAAGAUUCUUGAGUCUAAGGGGUUUUGACUUCCAAUGGUUAAAGUUGCCAUCAUCUCUAGGCAACUUAAGGUGCUUGCAAUCCUUGGAUUUAAGAGUUUAUAGGAGACUUAUUCAUGUACCUAAUGUGAUAUGGAGGAUGGAGCAACUAAGACAUUUAUAUCUCCCUCUCGAAUUUAGAAGCAGAAUUAAGUUGAAGUUGGGUACUUUGAGAAAACUCCUAACACUUGUGAACUUCAACACUAAGAAUUGUUAUCUGAAGGAUCUUAUCAACAUGACAAAUCUUAGAGAGUUGGUGAUAAUUAGGCCCUUCAAUAUUGAAAAUUUCAAUGAGGAGUUGGGCGAGAAUCCACCCAUAGUCGGAAGUAAAUAUCUUCAUUCCUUGUCUAUUGUUAGCCUUUUUUGGAUUGGCACACAACCAAUAGAUCCUAGACAUUUGGCCCACCUUCUUUCAAGUUGUACAAGUAUUUGCAAGUUGAGUAUAGAGGCAGCUGUAAGGGAAUUACCAGAGUAUCACUACUUCUCUUCACAUCUCGCUUACGUGCGGUUGGUUCUGUGUAAGUUUGAGGAAAAUCCAGUGCCAACACUAGAGAAGCUGCCUAACUUAAGGAUCCUUGAAAUCGAAAGAAUUUUCAAAGAAAAGGAAAUGUUUUGCUCUGCACAGGGUUUUCCUCGACUUGAGUCUCUAAGUCUUGGGAGGCUAUACGAUUUGGAGGAGUGGAAGGUGGAUGAAGGAGCCAUGCCUUCUCUUCAGCGAUUGAGGAUUUGGUGCUGCUUCCGCUUGAAGAUGCUUCCAGAGGGAUUGAGGUUCAUUACAACCCUCAAAGAACUGAAGAUCGAAUCAAUGCCAAAGGCAUUCAAAGAUAAAUUGGAGAAAGGAGGAGAAGAUUUCUACAAAGUCAAACAUGUUCCUUCUAUCAUAUUCCAAAAAUGUGACGACUAGAUUGAAUGAUAAUUGAGAGUUUUGCUUUUCAGGUAAAGACGCCUUUUUUUCACCUGCUAUUGUGCUAUUCAUGGGAUCAAAUCUAUAUUUAAAACUCCUAUUAUGAGUAGCAUGCGAAAGUGUGAGAUUUGGAAUGAUCUUCUCUCUUGUAUAUAUCUAUGGUUGUUGAAAUCAGACUAGAUGACUAUUUGUUGUUUUCUUCAAAUUACAAUAAAACGGAUGCAAGAUAGGGAAUUGGAAGAAAGGGAGGUGUCUGGAUUAGCAAGAUAAGGAGACGUCACUGACUUUUGUUCCGAUGUAGCUUUGGUUUGCAGUGUCCAUUCCUAUAUUUAUUUGUUAGCUUUGCUUUCUCUUUCUUUUUUUCGCUACUUAAGUCUGCUUGAGUCUUUCUCUUUUUUCUUUUAUUCUUUUUUUAUAUGUACUUAAUGCAAUAUUAGAAGCCAAGGCAGGACCAUGCUGUUCUAUUUGUAAAAUUCAUCACUUCGUUGUCUAUGGUCAUUUCUACUCUUCAGUUUACUUAAAUAUAA